GGCACACCAUUUAUGGCACGGUUGUCUAAUUGCCUCCACUACUACAUUCAUGACAGACUGAACAAUGACCAGGCUGGAGAUGAAACAUCAAAGUCAUCCUCUCAGACGCUAACGUGCCAGGGGAAGGUGAACACAAGAUUAUGGGACUACAUUCGGAGACAACGAGCCCAACCCGAUCACGACCCCAACACUCAGCACUGUUUGUGUGGGGCUGAUGCUGACCUGAUCAUGUUGGGCCUGGCUACUCACGAGCCCAACUUUACCAUCAUCAGGGAGGAGUUCAAGCCCAACAAGCCGAAGACAUGUGACAUCUGUGGUCAAGAAGGCCAUGAAAUGAAGGACUGCAUCGGCCUGACAAACGAGGUGAGUGACCCAGGAAAGCCGAUCACGAUGGGUGAGGAGCAACAGUUUAUCUUCGUGAGACUCAACGUGCUCAGAGAAUAUCUGGAGAGGGAGCUAGAGAUGCCAGGACUGCCGUUUGAAUAUGACUUUGAGCGAGCCGUUGACGACUGGGUCUUUAUGUGCUUCUUUGUUGGCAAUGAUUUUCUGCCUCACCUGCCGUCGUUGGAAAUCCGGGAAGGUGCCAUUGACCGGCUCGUUAACCUGUACAAGAAGACCGUCACGAAAACUGGGGGGUUUAUCACUGACAGCGGCAACGUUACGCUGGACCGUGUACAGCUGAUUAUGACAGAUCUGGGUGACGUAGAGGAUGAGAUCUUCAAGAAUCGACAACAGACGGAGCUUAUGUUCAAGCAGCGGGACAAGAUGAGGAAGCGUCGAGAGAAACAGCAGAACAUGAGACACAACUUCCAAGGUCCAUGGGCACCACAGCCGGUAGGACAGAACGCCGGCCCCAUGUACCAACCGAGGCAGGAGGCAUAUCACCAGAGAGUGCAGCACAUGCACUCCCAGUCCGCCGCAGGUAGUUACAACUCUCCACCGAACCAGAGCAAUCGGGGACAGAAGAGAACUCAUGAUGAUGUGGAUGAGGGGAGUGAGGAGGAGGAGGGGGUGAAUGAUGAGGUGAGACUGUGGGAGAGCGGUUUCAAGGACCGAUACUACGAGUCCAAGUUCGACGUAGGAUCCGACAACCUGGCUUUCCGGUACAAGGUGGCGUUGGAGUACGUCAAGGGCCUUUGCUGGGUCCUCAAAUAUUACUAUCAGGGCUGUCCCUCAUGGAAGUGGUACUUCCCCUACCACUACGCUCCCUUCGCCUCGGACUUUAUCAACAUCGGCAGUCUCGACACCGACUUUGAAAUGGGAACUCAACCUUUUAAGCCUCUGGAACAGCUGAUGGGUGUGUUUCCGGCAGCGAGCUCCGCCCACGUGCCUGCGCCAUGGGCCCACCUGAUGAGCGACCCGGACUCGCCCAUAAUUGAUUUUUAUCCUGAAGAUUUCAAAAUUGACCUGAAUGGAAAGAAGUUCGCCUGGCAAGGUGUAGCGUUGCUGCCAUUUGUGGAAGAAGAAAGACUGUUCAAGGCUUUGGAACCCUUCUAUAGGGAUCUCACACCUGCAGAAAUCAGACGUAACGUGCGAGGUGAUGACCGCCUGUACAUGAACCAGGCCCACACCUGCUACUCGUUCCUGAUGGACAUCACCAUGAAUGAGGCCAACUUCAGCAAUGAGACGUCGCUGGCUGCCGACGGCAUGAGAGGCUCUAUCCUUAUCUCUGAGGACAAGGUCAAGGAGGGAGGGUCACUACCAUCUCCAGUGGAAGGUCUGUCAGUGAUUCGGAUGAAUGCUGUCAUGUGUGUGCGGUUCAGGGAUCCCAAGUACCCCACGAAUUCCUUCAUCUUUCCGGCCAAGAGGCUGUCUGGAGCAAUAGAGCCUCCACGAGUGCUGAAGCCUGGGAACCUGAGCCGGGAAGACAGCAACAACUGGAGACCUCAGACUGGGUUUGUAAGGUCGAACCAGCGAGGGUCUCUGAACGCUGCCGGCCACAGGAUGCUAGGGAGAUACAGUGGACGGUUCGGUGGAGGUAGGGGUGGAUCCCAGGAUUCCUCACCAGGAGUGUACUCCUCAGUACCUCCCCCUCCUAAUGGCUUCCGUGGACAACCUUACAGGCAGGAUGAUUACCAAGGCCCUAGCCGUAACCGUGGCAACAGAGAUGGGCGAUACCAGCCUUUCCAGAGGAAUUCGGGUGGGUUUUAAACAGUUCCAACUCGU